CAAAAAACCUAAACAGUGUUCCAAUCAAAAUCAAUCAAAAGCAGACACAAGCAUUAUUUCUGUAAAACGUAAAUAUAUUAUUAAUAUUUUUGUUUCCGUUGACCUCUGACUUUGACAAGAUGUCCAAGUCAGCACGGGGUUCCAGGCCAAAGAUGGCUUCUGGUAGCUCUCCUUCCGCUUCCUCAAUUUCCGGUGGGAAACCAAAUCAAGGCCUGGAGGCCAUGUUGCAUGUCACACACGUGCAGACCAACUAUGAGGCUGAAGCUGAGUUCUAUUACUACAAAAGUGAUAGGGAGAAGUCGGAGGCUGAUGUACCAAUGGAGGUCAAGACUCCAGAUUUGGAGGAAGUGGUGCCACUAGAUCCGCCAUUUGUGGCAUUGGUCAGCAAUCUGCCAAUGGAGUGCAACGAGCGAGAGCUAGUUCAGGUGUUUUCAAACUUUUCAAUUCAUACUUUGACUGUUCCGAAGAAGGGUAAGCGUCCCAAGGGAUUUGCUUAUGUGGAGUUGAACUCCCGGGAAGAGUUGAUACGUUUGCUUCAGUUGAAAAAACUCAAGUGUCGCGGUCGCUUGCUUUCAAUUAAAUUGUGUCCAGAUCCGGAAAGGAUUCCAAGUGGAGGAAUGAAAAUAGGAGACAAGGGAAUGGGAGGAAGGUUGGAAGAAAUGGGAUUCGGAGGAUUACCAGAUUUUGGAGUAGGAACAGGACUAUACAAAGGAGAAUUCGGAGCUGGUGGCGAUGCCCCCUUUACUCCCUUGUCAAACAGUGAUUAUGAAGUCAGUUCCAGCCAUUAUGCAGCCAGUGUGAGUGACCUUAGUGUCUCAGAAACUCCAUCUAGUCCAGGAGGAUCACCCCGAAUGGGCAGUGAGUCAUCUAUUUAUCACUCUGAGAUGCCCAUCAGCCGACAGCCAAGUAGUAUAGAUGAACUUGAACGCCGCAUGGAUAUGAGAUUGAAAAAAUUGGCAGAGUUUGAGAAUGCUCAGUCGGAGCAGAACUCUCAAUUGGAUGAGGAUCACGAGGAUAUACUUAGCAGGUCCUGGAGCGAUAUACUCAUCGAGGCCAUAAAAAGCGAGGAAUUGUAGUUAUGUUUUUCACAAACAAUUUAUUUCCGUUUUACGGAUUUUAUGUAUCCAAAAUUUUGAUUAAAAUCAUACAGGAUAUCUUUAUGGUUUAUUAAAGCAAAUUAAGCUUUUUAAAAUUCAAA